AUGGCCGUAGACGCGCUUUCCCCAUUCGAGGUCGUCGAGGCCGUCGCCAAGGCCGGCGUGCAAAAGGGUAAUAUGAGUCUGCCCAAGGUCUUUUUCAGCUCUGUUUCUGCGGGCUGUUUGCUUGCUUUUGCGUGCGGUACUGUACUGAGUACAAAUGCCACGCCUUGGUUUCAGGAGAAUGCACCUGGCCUCAUUCGCACGAUUGCGGCGUUGGUUUUUCCGUAUGGGCUGUGUAUGAUUAUCCUCACUGGUGCGGAUCUUUACGGCGAAGUCUUCGCAACAGAACCUUUCAAAUCCGCCGUAACCACCUUCGCAACAAAGAAACAAGUAACACCCGACUUCCACAUGAUCUUCCUCCGCGGAAUUGGCUGCAACUGGCUCGUGUGUCUGGGCUGUUUCUUCGGACUGCAGGGCAGAGAUCUCGCGUCUAAGAUCAUUGGUAUCUGGUUCCCGAUCUUCGCAUUCGUUUCGCUGGGUUUCGAUCACGUCGUUGCCAAUAUGACGUUUAUUCCCCUCGGUAUUUGGCUUGGCACGCCCGGGAUUAAUGUGGGGCUUUAUAUUUGGAAGGGAAUUAUUCCGACCCUUAUUGGGAAUAUUCUUGGUGGGGGGUUGUUUUGCGGUAUGUCUGAAGUUACUACAGUGGUGAUUCUUUAG